AACAAGGCAAAUCAUGCAUAUACACUUAAGAUUCCAUGAUAUAUAUAUACUUUUCUGCUCCAUGCAGCCUCACUCUCCCUCUUCACACCCUCAAAAUGUCAGAGAUUAUUGCUGUAGACCCCAUAAACGAUGAUCGAAAUCAAGCUAGCACCAGCACCAGCACAAGCAGAAGAGGUUACACUAGAGAUGAUUCGCGUCCCUUCACGAGAUCCCUCACUAUGGGGCGUGAUCAUGUCACUGAGCCCUUUGACAGUGAGAAGUUGCCUGUCACUUUGGUUUCUGAGAUCCAAAGAUUUCUCCGUGUCGCUAACUUGAUUGAGGUUGACGAGCCUCGGGUUGCUUAUUUAUGCCGUUUUCACGCCUUUGAAGUCGCGCAUAACUUGGACAGGAACUCAAGUGGGCGAGGGGUUCGGCAAUUCAAAACUUCUCUUCUUCAGCGGCUUGAGCAGGAUGAAGAAGUCACAAUUAGGAAAAGGAAGGAGAAGAGUGAUCUAAGAGAACUAUGGCGUGUAUAUAGACAGUACAAAGACUACAUCAUCAAGCAUGGUGCCGGAGAAUAUACUUUGGAAAUUAGGGAAAAGUUGCAGAAAGCUCGUGCGAUUGCAUCUGUUCUAUUUGAAGUGCUGAGCACAGUUACUUCAGCAGCAGGCACACAGGCACUUGCUGAGAAUGAUCAUUCGAGAUCUGAAUUCUACGUGCCUUAUAACAUUCUCCCUCUUGAUCAAGGAGGUGCUCGUCAACCUAUAAGGCAACUUCCUGAGAUCAAAUAUGCGAUAGCUGCUGUAAGAAAUGUCCAUGGCUUGCCUUUCUUGGAUGAGUUUCAGAGGCGCAUGCCGGAUAUGGAUAUGCUCGACUGGCUUCAGUUCUGCUUCUCAUUUCAGAAUGGAAACGUAGCCAACCAGAGGGAGCAUUUGAUCCUUCUACUUGCUAAUGCUCAUGUUCGUCACUCUCAUAAACAAGCAAAGUUAGGGGAAGGAGCUGUGGAUGAGCUAAUGAAGAAAUUCUUCAAAAACUACACAGAGUGGUGCAAGUUUCUUAACCGAAAAAGUAACAUCAGGUUGCCAUACUUGAAACAGCAAGCCCAACAGUAUAAACUUUUGUACGUUGCGCUUUAUUGCUUGAUAUGGGGAGAAGCAGCAAACUUAAGGUUCAUGCCGGAAUGUCUCUGUUACUUAUUUCACCAUAUGGCCAGUGAGUUGCAUGGUAUGUUGAGUGGUGCAGUGAGUAUAGAAACCGGAGAACUAGUGAAGCCCGUGUAUGGAGAAGGACACGAGUCUUUCCUUAGACAUGUUGUUUCACCAAUAUACACGGUUAUAUGGGAGGAAGCUAUGAAAAACAGAAACGGGACGACAGAUCACUCGACAUGGAGGAACUAUGAUGACUUGAAUGAAUUUUUCUGGUCUUCCGAUUGCUUCGAGAUAGGUUGGCCGAUGCAUCUGGAUCAUGAUUUCUUUUACACAAACCCUUCAAAUAGUAGAAAAAAGAAGAAGAAACUCAGAACACCAGACAAGACUCCUGAAGAAGAGAGAAUCAACAUUGAUGAAGACGAAGAGAUGGGAGAACCUGUAGAAGAAGUGAAGGAGCCACAGUGGUUAGGGAAGACGAAUUUUGUUGAAAUCCGUUCGUUUUGGCAGAUUUUUAGAAGCUUUGAUAGAAUGUGGAGCUUCCUUAUUUUAUCCCUUCAGGCAAUGAUCAUAGUGGCAUCCCAUGAUCUAGAAUCUCCGAUACAAUUUUUUGAAGCAUCCGUGCUUGAGGACGUUAUGAGCAUCUUCAUCACAUCAGCAGUCCUUAAAUUCAUCCAUGCCAUCCUUGACGUUGUCUUCACAUGGAAAGCUAGAUGCACGAUGGAUCAUAAUCGCCAUCGUAAAGAUUUGCUCAAGAUACUAGGGGCAAUGAUAUGGACAAUUAUCCUCCCUAUAUACUAUUCGACCUCUAGGAGAAAAUAUAAGUGUUAUUCUGCUCAAGAAGGGAGCUGGCUCGGCGAUUGGUGCUACUCUUCCUACAUGAUAGCAGUUGCAUUCUAUCUGAUUACCAACGGAGUCAACAUGGUCCUCUUUCUUGUGCCUGCAGUGGGAAGAUAUAUUGAGACAUCGAAUACUCGAAUAUGCACAGUUUUCUCUUGGCUGGCGCAGCCUAGAUUAUACAUCGGAAGAGGAAUGCAAGAAAGCCAAGUAUCAGUGCUUAAGUACACUUUUUUUUGGGUGCUGCUACUACUAAGCAAAUUCACAUUCAGCUACAUAUUUGAGAUAAAACCUCUCAUACAACCAACGAGGCAGAUCAUGAGGAUCGGGGUCAAGAACUACGACUGGCACGAGCUUUUUCCUAAAGUGAAGAGCAACGCUGGCGCCAUAGCAGCUAUCUGGUCGCCUAUUAUCCUCGUGUAUUUCAUGGAUAUACAAAUAUGGUAUUCUGUUUACUGCUCUGCCUUUGGUGGAGUUUUCGGGAUUCUCCACCAUCUUGGUGAAAUUCGUACACAAGGCAUGCUGAGGAGUAAAUUCGAUAAUUUGCACUUGGCAUUCAAUGACUGGCUUCUACCGCCCCCGGCUAAAGACAACAAAGACGGAAUCAGAAUGUGGCUCUGCCAGCCAGGCUUUCUAAAGGGUUUAGAGAAAAAGAAGGGAGGAGUUCUCAAGUUUGCUCUUGUGUGGAACCAAAUCAUUAGUAGCUUUCGGGAGGAGGACCUGAUUAGUAACAGGGAAAUGGAUUUGAUGAAAAUACCUCUUUCAUCAGAAUUGCUUAAUGAAAACAAUAAUGUCCGUUGGCCUGUUUUCCUCUUAGCAAAUAAGUUCUCAACAGCUCUUAGCAUUGCUAGAGAUUUUGUUGGAACAUACAACAGUCUCCUGAAAAAGAUCAAAAGGGACAAAUACAUGCACAUGGUUGUAGUUGAAUGUUACGACUCGCUUAAAGAGAUCUUAGAUAUCCUCGUGGUAGGCGACAUGGAGAGAAGAGUGGUAUUUGGUGUGAUUGAUGAAAUCGAAGAAAGCAUUGGAAAAAGAUCACUUCUUGAGGACCUCCGCAUGAGUGAGUUGCCGACUUUGCUUGCUCUUUGCACUAAAUUGAUCAAGCUACUGGUUGAAGGCGAAGAAGAUCAUCGUUACAGAGUUGUGAAGACGCUCCAAGACAUUCUUGAGCUUGUAACAAAUGAUUUGUUCAUAAAUGGCUCCAGAACGAUGGAAUUGUUCGAACAAGAACAGCAGCAAGAGGGAGUCAGAACUGAAUUCUUCGAUCCUCCUGAUCCAGAAUUAUUUGCUUCAUUGCAUGCUAUCCAUUUCCCUUUACCGGAUUCUGGCCCUUUAAUGGCAAAGGUUAAGCGCUUUCGUUUGCUGCUUACUGUCAAAGAUACAGCUAUGUACAUACCUUCAAACCUGGAAGCUCGAAGGCGAAUAUCAUUUUUCGUUACUUCUCUGUUUAUGAAUAUGCCUAGAGCUCCAAAAGUUCGUAAUAUGUUGUCAUUCAGUGUUUUGACUCCAUAUUUUAUGGAACAAGUCAAGUUUUCGAGUAGAGAGCUUCACUCCAGCAAAGAAGGAGUUUCCAUUGGAUUUUAUAUGCAAAAGAUAUUUCCAGACGAGUGGGAAAAUUUUCUGGAGCGCAUGGGAAGUGAAAAUGAAGAUGACAUGAGUGAGGAUGUGAAUGAGGAAGAACUAAGAGACUGGGCUUCGUUUCGAGGCCAGACUCUAAGUAGGACUGUCCGAGGAAUGAUGUAUUACAGAAAAGCACUGAAGUUGCAAGCUUUUCUUGAGAUGUCUGAGCACGAGGAUAUUCUUCAAAGCUAUGAAGCGAUUGAUAGGGCGAACGACACUUUAUCAGCGCAGCUUGAUGCAUUAGUAGACGUGAAAUUCAGUCACGUUGUUUCAUGUCAAAUGUUUGGAGCACAGAAGGCCUCGGGUGACCCUCAGGCUCAAGACAUUCUUGAGCUGCUGAUAAGGCAUCCCUCGUUGCGCGUGGCUUAUGUCGAGGAGAAGGAAAACUUUGAGGUGGAUGGGCCUCCCAAAGUCUAUUCUUCUAUCCUUGUCAAAGCUGUUAAUGGUUUUGAUCAGGAAAUCUACCGGAUAAAGCUUCCCGGAUCUCCAAACAUUGGGGAAGGGAAACCUGAGAAUCAAAACCAUGCUAUCAUUUUCACACGCGGUGAAGCUCUUCAAGCCAUUGAUAUGAACCAAGAUAACUAUCUUGAAGAAGCUCUCAAGAUGAGGAAUCUACUGCAAGAGUUUCUACGGCCUCAAAGAAGGAGCCCUCCGACUAUCAUUGGCAUGAGAGAGCACAUAUUUACCGGAAGUGGGAUAUCGGGCGAGCCGGGGGAUGCCGGAGAAAUGACAGAUGAUGCCGGGGUGGGGGCCAGGAUAGCAGAGGAUGCACGACCGAAGAUUCGAAGGCUUCAGCCGGGAAUACGGCCAGAGGGGAGGGACAAUUGGGGACUCAGAUUCACUGGAGAUGACAUUUUCUCCCUAGAGGAGUUGUUGGAACAAGUCGAACGAUAUGAUGACACUCCCAUUCAUACUGAGGGGAAGUCGAUUCAGAGCGACGAGGGCAGGAGUCGGGGUGCACCGAAGAAGAAGAAGGGCAAAGGGGUGGUCGGCGAGUCGCCAAGGAUAGUCAGCAUGUGGGCUAAAAUUACGGCUGACCUACAAGAGGAAUUGCCCGCAUGGGAAGACACAUCUGGUGGGAGGAGUGCCGGAAGGGGUGGGAGACGAAUCAGAAUACUGCAGUCUUCCGAUUUGCGGGCUUGUACACCACCGUCCUUAGCGGGGAGACCAGGUGGCCAGACUGACGAGGACUGCAGGAGGAUAGCGGAGAGAGCAUUCCCCGUGCCGGGGCUGUAUAAGGAAUUCACCUGGCGGAUCCAGAAACUUAAAACGGAGGGGGCGAAGUGA